AUGGUGCUGGUGCUCGCGGUGCACACCGUGAAGGAGGUCUCCGCCACGGUGCCCUUCUCCACGAUCUUGCUCCAGGACAUCGUGGUGCACAAGAAGGCCCCCGCUGAGCACAAAUGUCGCCAGCUGAUCCCCACCUCCGGCAGCACCUCCACCAGCCUGUGGGACACCCCCGACCCCGCGGCCCUCCUGGCCUGGCUGGAGGGCGCAGUGGCGGUGGACGUGGCCCACUCCGUGCACGAGGUCCAGGAGGAGUUCGCGCUGGGGCUGGGCGACGUCGCGCGCGCGCGCGGCGCCGAUGUCGUGGCGGCCGCCGGGCGCGACGUGGCUGACACGACCGGCCGCGCCGUGCUGGACCUGGACGCGCGCCUGCACCUGAGCGAGAAGGCGGGGCGCGCGGCCGACGCAGUGCGCGACAGCGCGGUGACCAAGUCCACCGUCGCGGCGCUGAACAAGGCGGGAACGCGGGUGGCCGACGUGACCACCCGCGUGCUGGAGAGCGACCGCGUGGCCGCCGCCACCGACGCCAUGGGCGCGGGGUUCAAGAAGCUGGGCGCCUCCUUCACGCGCUUCGUGCGACCGGGGGAGCCGGCAGCGGCGGCCGGUGCCGGCGGCGACGCGCCCCUGAGCGGUGACAUGGCGACCCAGCCCGCCACCAAGCCCCCAACGCACUUCAGCUUGAACGAGGUCGAUGACCCUCGCCACCCAUGA